UUUAACUAAAACCCAACGUUUUAUUCAGUGGAUUUAUUUCAUGGUCCUUCGACUGCUUCGACACUAGCAAAUCGAUACAAACAGCUAUUCGGUCCGGACAGUGAUACCGAAGAGAUCGAACGUUACGUGGAGAGAAAGAUAGCAGAAGAAAUCGACAGAGAAUUGAGCGAAGACAGUGGUAACAGCGCAAGCGACAGCGAAGAAAGUGGUAACAGCACAAGCGAUAGCGAAAACGACGAAUGUGUUUGGAAAAAGAGAAAAAAAAGCGAAGAAGAAGUGUUAGAAAUCACGAUUGAAAACGAUUUUAUAUUGCCGAAAUCACCGAAACAAACCAGUCAAUUGAAUGAGUCGUUCUUGCAAUAUCAGCUAGCACUCUCACCAAUCAAAUUCACACCAAAACGACCAGAAUUGCAACAAAUUCAAUCAUUUUUGCAAUUCCCAUUGUUGCUUUCACCAAUUUGCAACACACCGAAGCGUUUCAGGUCAGUGACACCAACAAACACAGGCCAACAACGUUUUGCCACGUCACCGAAAGAAGCGGACGAAACGCACACACAAAAACAUCGUCACGCGAACAAAGAAAGAGAGAAAGAAGAAAACACUGACGUCAGCGAAACGCACACAAAUCAACCGAUUUGCACAAGUUUGAGUGACCGCGCACUCGCAAAAAAAUCACACGCACACGCACGCAAACGCAAAUUCUCGUCCACUCUCUCGUGCUCAUCAUCACACGAAUCCAUUCGCUCAGCAUCACAAAAAACAAAACUCUCUCGCUCUCUCAUCCACUCACCACACCAACCCAUUCGAAAAACGUUCACAGCCGCAAAAACAAAACGAUUCACGCACACUCUCUCGUUCGCACGAACACAUUAAUCCGUUCGCCUCUCAGCGCCGCGCGCACACAGCCAAAACAGAACGCACAAACAUAAACGUUCAAUCAUCGACUGAGCCACUAUCUCGCACACAUCAACGCAUCGAUCCACUCACCAAGACAACAGCAACCGCAACCGCACCAACACUAACACAACACAAAUUCAGCAACUUGCGCGUGGAAAUCACCAACGAACAUUGCACAAACACAACUUCAACAGACGAAGUUGAUAACGUCACGCAACCAGAGCUACGUACACUGGAAUUGCGCUCAAAGGUCGUUCCAGACGGCAUGUUCAUUGCAGUUGCGGUGGAAAACUCAAAACGCUAUUCAAAGAAUGCAUUAAAGAGGAUUACCCGCAAUCUGUUAUCACAAAUGUAAUCCCUUUUACUCUCUCCUUUGCACAAAUAUGAAAUCAUUGUAAAUUCUUUCCUCAUUUCAUUUCUCAUGCAUUGUAUUCAUUUAAUUCACUUUUUACACGCAUUAUAAACGUAACGCAUCGCAUCGCAUAGCACGAAUUGAAUUGAUUUGAAUGAUUUAAAUUAGCAUUGUAGAGGACAAAUGAAUGAAGGCAUUGAAAAAGGAAAUUAUCGCAUAUUUAGCAUCGCAAUGAAUUUUGAAUGAGUUUGAAUCGCAUUUUUUUCAUCUCAUUUUUAUCGCAACACAGAGUUUGCAUCGCAUAUUAGCAUAGAUUUUCGCACUUAAUUAGCACUCGAUUUAAAAGUCAUCGCAGAUCGCAUAUACACAGCAUCCACUAGCAUUACAUUCAUUUAUCACGUUCAAAUUGCAUACAUUUUGGCGUAAAACAAAAACCGCAUGAAUUUCAUAGAAUGAAAUUAUGUUAGCAAGUAAAUUGAGAGUAUCUUGUAGCACUUUUUCGCAUUAUUAGCAAACAAAUCGCAAAACCAUCGCAUCACUUUUGUUCCACGAGCAAAAUCGCAAUAAAUUAGCAAUUUAGCACUUCAAAAUCAUCGCAUUUUUUGGCUUCAUUCAUUUCACUCUUUACAGCAAUUUGGGCAACUCGCAUCACUUUUUAGCAUCAAAACCAUCGCAUCGCAUGAAAAUUCUUGACCGAACACCAACGCAUAAGAUUGAUUUAACUAACUAAACUGCAUAUCGCUUGAAAACUUGAAUUUUCUUUCACGAAUUGGCAAAAGGUAACAUUCCUUUAACGCCCGAAAAUGACUGAUCUAACAAAACCAUAUGAAAAACUAUUGCAAAAACGCGACAAUCUUGUCCGUGCCAUCUUGACUCAUGAAACGAAAAUAAAAGGCGGUGUCACCCCCACGGCAGCCGCUACACGGUUAACUCAACUGGAUAGUUCAUUCGAAAAAUACAAAGAAUUAUGGGAAAAACUGGAAGAAGAAGAUGAAUUUGACUUGAAUCAUUUUGAGGUAGACAAUGAGGUGAUAACAGAAGCGUACAUAAAUACUGUUUCAAUGAUAAAAUCAAUAAUCAAAGAUCACUCGCAAAAUGAAAUAAUGUCAUUGAGUUCAACGUUAGCCGGCCGCGGUAAUCAUAGCGUCCCAGAAAUAAAAUUACCCACAAUUUCCAUUCCGAAAUUCGAUGGCAAAGAUUUGGAAUGGACCACAUUCUACGACACUUUCUCUUCUUUAGUCGAUCAAAACCCGAAUAUACCAAAAAUAAGCAAAAUGCAUUACUUGCGCGAUAGUCUAAAGGGGGAAGCGUUUCAAGCAAUUUGCAAACUCCCAGCUUCUGAGGCAAAUUAUGACAUCGCAUGGAAAAUGCUGUUAGAACAGUACCAUAAUACGCGUGCAAUUGUGAACGAUUGCUUGAAAUCAUUCGUUUUUCAAGAGCAAAUUCAACAUCGUAAUGCGAGCAGCAUUCGUAAAUUGAUCGACACAACGAAAACAUCUUUACAAUGCAUUGAAUCACUCGACGUGAGCAUUGAGGAGUGGGAUCCGUUUAUCGUGUACAUCUUGCAAACUAAGUUAGAUAAAGAAACAGCAAUUGAUUGGGAAAAGAAAUUGGGAGGUUCGAAAGAAAUUCCAACAUAUGUUACUAUGCUUGAUUUCCUUGAAACGCAACAUCGAAUAAUGAAAACGCCGGCAGGAUUGCCUUGUAGCUCCCAACCCACAACACAGAAAAUACAUUCCACAAUGAUUGGCAAAAAGAAAGAUGUGUGUGAAGUCUGCAAGGGCGAGCAUUACGUGCUGUUCUGUGACACGUUCAACGCAUGGACUGUCACCCAAAGAAAACAAUUCGUCAUAGAAAAAAGACUUUGCGCCGUGUGCAUGAAAAAACAUGAAGUUAACCAGUGUAAAUCCAAGUUUCGUUGCAAAAAAUGCAAUGGUCUUCACAGCACAAAACUACACGAAGAUGUCGCAACAACAAGCCAACGCGUAAGCGCUGUGAAUGAUCUGUCGAUGCCCAAUCAAAAACUAUUGGCAACAGCCAUUGUGAAAGUGCAAGACAAAUUCGGAAUUUAUCAUUUAUUCCGCGCGUUGAUCGAUCAAGGGUCACAGGGAAUUGUUGUGUCCGAAAAAGCUGUUCAAGUACUGAGUCUUCCUCGAAAAAAAACAAAUGUGCCAUUGCUCGGAAUUGAUGAUAAGCCACUCGGAAAAGCGACAAAAUCAAUACGAAUUCAAGUGCAAUCUGCGGUAAAUAGUGACUUCGUCAUAUCAAUGGAAGCACUGAUAAUGCGCUCGAUCAUGUCAGUCGGCCCACAAUUUGAAAAGCACAACGAAUGGAAACAUUUGAACGGUUUACAACUAGCAGAUCCUGAAUUUAUGCAGGCAAAUGCAGUUGACAUUCUGUUUGGUGUGGACAUUUACGGCAUUAUUGUUGAAAAUGGUUUGAAAAAGGGCAAAUUGCAUGAACCAGUAGCACAAAAUUCGUCGUUUGGCUGGCUUGUAUUCGGUGCUGCAUGCAAAGCAAAAGAAUACAGCGUUCGCAUUCAUACAACUCGCUUGGCAAACACAAACAACAACGACGAAAAUGAAGAUUUAAAUGUGGCAUUGAAACGCUUCUGGGAGAGUGAAGAAGUGAAUUUGAAGCCAAUCAUGACUGAGGAACAUGAGAAAUGUGUAACAUUGUGCAAAGAAACGACGGUUCGAUUGCCAAGCGGCCAAAUCCAAGUAUCUCUGCCAUUUAACAUGGAUCGAAAUGAUGAGAAUCUUCUCGGCGACUCCCGAAAAAUGGCAUUACGUAGAUUUUUUAACUUGGAAAGAAAAUUUGAAAAAGAUCCAACUUACUACGAACGAUAUAAGGCCGAUAUGUUGAACUAUCUUGCAUGCAAUCACAUGAGCUUAAGCAGAUCGCCACAUAAUGUUGGUUACUACGUACCACAUCACGCCGUAACUCGAGAAGAAAGCACCACAACGAAACAGCGUACUGUCUACGACGCUUCAGCGAAAACUUCAAACGGGUUUUCCUUAAACGAUCGUUGUCUGAAUGGCCCGACCAUACAGCCAGAACUUUUCAAUACGUUCAUUCGUUGGCGUACAAAUGAAAUUGCCUUGGUUGCCGACGUGGAAAAAAUGUAUCGUCAAGUCUCGCUCGCCCCGGAAGAUCGAAAAUACCAAAAGAUUCUUUGGAGAUUUUCGAAAGAAGAACCAAUCCAAACCUAUGAAAUAAACUGCGUAAUGUUUGGUAGCAAAUCCGCUCCGUUCUUGGCAAUCAAUGCAACCUUUUAUCUCGCUGAUUGUGAAAAAGAUAAUUUUCCAAGAGCCGCUGAAUGUGUAAAAACGUGUUUGUAUGUCGAUGAUUGUAUGAGCGGCAGUCACUCAGUCAAAUCAGCAAUUGAAUUACAACGUGAAUUAAAUGGGUUGUUCAAAUCCGGCCACAUGCACCUUCGCAAAUGGGCAUCAAACAAUGAAUCAGCGCUAGAAGGCAUUCCAGCUGAAGACCGAGCAAUCAGCUCAUCAUUAACACUGAAAACAAGCGAAACCGUUAAAACGCUUGGCAUGAAAUGGACACCUGCAUCUGACUUAUUGAACUUCACAAUCGAUAUGUCACGUUUGUCAUCUGAUCCCCGAGUUACAAAGCGAAAAUUGGUAUCAGAUGCUUCAAAACUCUACGAUCCGUGCGGAUUGUUAGCUCCACUUACAAUCAAGGCAAAAAUUUUGAUGCAACAAACCUUCAAAGAAAAGAUUGCUUGGGACGAUCUUGUGAGUGCUGCAAUUCAAGCUGAAUGGAAUCAAUAUAAAGAAGAAUUGCCCUUGAUCAAACAGCUAAAAAUCGAUCGUUGGUUUAAAAUUGAACAAAAUUCUCAAGUGAAAAUUCAUGGGUUUUGUGACGCUUCAAAUGAUGCAUUUGCUGCGAAUGUUUACGUUGUGCAAACUUCCAACGAUAAAACAACAUCGUCUCUCGUAUGUGCAAAAACAAGAGUCGCUCCAAUCGAGCCGGUAUGCACUCCUCGUCUGGAACUGUGUGGGGCAGUUUUGCUUGCAAAUCUAAUGUCACGAAUUCAAGAAAAUUUGCAGAUACAAAAAGAACAUGUGCAUUUAUGGACAGAUUCGUCAGCGGUUUGGCAUUGGAUUCAGAAUCAUCCAUCCCGCUUCCAAGUUUACGUUGCACAUCGCGUUCAUGAAAUCCAAAAACUGUUUCCCGCAAACCAUUGGAAACAUGUGCGUACUCACGAGAAUCCCGCUGAUCUCGCCUCGCGCGGUGUUUCUGCACGCCAAUUAUUGAACAAUUCGCUAUGGUUUUCAGGCCCAAAUUGGCUCACUUUGGAUGAAACUCAGUGGCCAAAAAUCAAUUUGUCAUUGCCAUCAGAGAUAAAUUUGGAAGAAAAACGCACUCGAAUCAAUGUUGCUACUGUUACAUCAAGUCCGUGCGAAAUGAACUUCUUGCUACGAUUCUCAAGCCUUCUUCGGUUGCUUCGCGUCACUACACGCCUGUUUCGAUGUGCAAGACGUCACAGAAAGGAAGAUGUUUCAUCUUUGCCCGAAUAUGUAACGCCUGAUGAAUUAAAUGAAGCCAAACUCGAGUGGGUUAAAUACAUUCAAGCAUUGCACUUUGGCAAGGAAAUUCACGAUUUACGAAAAAAUGGAAUCGUCGAUGAAAAGAGUUCACUACGUUCACUUAAUCCACAACUUGACGAAAGCGGAAUAUUGAUUGUCAACGGUCGAUUACGGUAUGCUCAGCUACCGGAAAGACAAAGACACCCAAUGAUUUUGCCGGCGAAUAGUCAUUUUACGCGGUUAGUGAUCAAUCGAGCUCAUGCAACAACAUUGCACGGCACUAUUCAUCUAACAUUGGCCCGAGCUCGCCAAGAAUUUUGGAUUUUGAACGGUCGAAAUCUUGUAAAAUCGUUUGUCCACAAAUGCGUUGUAUGUUUUCGACAAAAACCCAGAGCCAUGAAUCAAUUAAUGGCACCAUUGCCAGCUAUCAAAACAGCUCCGUCUCGCGCAUUCUUACAUUGUGGGCUCGAUUUCGCUGGGCCAAUUCAAAUAAAGAGCUCAAAUAAACGCAAUGCAAUAACCGAAAAAGGUUACAUUUGUGUCUUCGUUUGCAUGGCUUCAAAGGCAGCCCAUUUGGAGCUUGUCGGAGAUUUAAGCACACAAAAAUUCAUCUUAGCCAUUCGUCGAAUGAUGGCUCGCCGUGGAAUGAUUUCUGAGGUUUAUUGCGAUAGAGGCACGAAUUUUCAAGGCGCAAACAAUGAGUUGCCUCGUCUCUUUUUGGACGCCAAGGCCACAACAUCAAAAGAUAUCGCUCAACUAUUCGCUUCUGACGGCAUUCGAUUUCAUUUUAAUCCUCCAAGCGCACCGAACUGGGGUGGACAAUGGGAAUCGUUUGUCAAGCUAACUAAGCAUCAUUUACGCCGAAUGACGACCGCUACUAAUUUAACCUUUGAAGAAAUGACGACGCUUCUAACUCAAAUUGAAGCCUGUCUAAACUCACGGCCUCUGAGUGCUAUAACGACAGACAUAAAUGAUUUGGAACCUCUCACGCCCGGUCAUUUGUUAAUUGGCGCUCCUCUCAAUUUAAUUCCGGAGCCGAGCCUACUAUCGUUGAAAGAUAAUGCACUCGACCGGUUUCAAGCCAUACAAAAGGGGUUACAAACCUUUUGGAAGCGAUUUUAUGAAGAAUACCUGCACACCCAACACCCCAGAAAGAAAUGGUACAAGCCAAAUGAAGAUGUCAACUGUGGCGACCUCGUGAUCAUCAUCGAAGAUAACCUACCACCAGCGAAAUGGAUGAUGGCGCGGAUCAUCGAGCUACACACUGGCGCGGACGGCUACGUGAGAAUGGCAACGGUAAGGACUCAGCACUCAACUUUUCAGCGUCCAAUUGUCAAACUUUGUAAAUUACCAAUCACUUAA